UUGAUCUGGUUUAUCUUGCUCAGUACAAGCAGCUGCUCCAAAAAUUCAAUGAAUCACCCUUAAAUCCGGAAAAUCUUUGCGCACAUCUAAUGGGGACGAUGCAAGUUCCAACAGUUUCUGUACGUAUGUGCAUGCUCGGUAGUGGUAGCGUUGGAAAAAGUGCUCUUACUCUGCAGUUCAUGUACGAAGAGUUUGUGGAGGACUACGAACCAACCAAAAGUUCCGCUUACAAAAGAAAAGUGAACAUUGAAGAUAUUUGUGUGGAGGUGGAUAUCACGGAUACAGCAGAAGCAGCACCGUUACAAAGCCGCUCCACUCCUAGUGAACUUCCUGGUCGGUUUAACUUCGUUACUGAUUUAAUUUUCAACAUCUUCCACACAGGACAGGAGGAUUAUGCAGGUAUCAAUGACCCUUUCUACAGAAACAAUGACGGUUUCAUUGUGGUAUUCUCGCUGACCGACAAGGAGUCCCUGAAAGCAGUGCCUUUGAUAUUGGAGAGAAUUGUGCAAUGUAGGGGAGAUGAACAGUCCCCAGUUGUCCUGGUCGGAAACAAGGUGGACUUGGUCGAUGAACGCGCUGUUCCGGCAGAGUCUGCCAUACAGUUAGCUCAGAAGUGGCAGAUUCCCUACCUAGAAACCUCCGCCCGAAAUCGACAUAACUUGGAAGAGGUUCAGCCAUGUAGGGAAGAUCAACGAGGAGCAGCCCGACGAAGAACAGCGAGUCCCCGUACUUCGAGUAAUCGUAUUAUGAGGUGGUCCGGAGGCCUAUAUGAUUUUGAUCCGAGAGCUUGUUCGUCUGAAACUUGCUCAAAGGCAACCGACGGAACAGGUCGCAUCAACGGGGAACAGCUGUUGCGUACUACUUUGAUCAUCGAAACCCCAUUCUAUGCACAACCCAAGUGCGAGGUAUGCAAUCCGUGCCGAGUUUCGUCAAAGAACUUUUUCCAAGCUUCUUGUCCAAAAUACUCACCUCGAUAACAAAAAUGUUUGCAAUGUCGCGAUCUGUUACCUCCUUUUAACUCACCGGCGCUUAAGUGUGGUUACACUUCCUAUUAUUUCAGUCGACUUCGCACAGUGUAACAAUGAAAAUCCUUUGCUAUUUUGUGUUGGUGCAGCUAAGGUUACUAAUCCAGUGACCUGUUCACAGCUGUGCAUGCUUACCUGGGAACACUUUUUCACGCAGAAGUGCAUUCUGCUGCGUGAGAAUGUAUCUACUUUUAAUUUGUGUGCAGUAGAUGCUAACUGAGUAAACUCAUGGGGCACAGACGUGAAUAAACAGUAACGAAGUGCGAA